AUGUCAAUCCGCAUAAUACAUAAAAGGACGACGUACGGCCCAAUACACCCCACUUCUUGCCGCCUCAUCUUUUCCGCGCUGCAAAUCUCGCCAAGAGCGUCACCGAGACUUCGAGGCCUUACGGACACGAACCUGCUCUUUUCCGAGGCAACCGGCCAAUUAGACGAGAAACUUGUGCCGGGCCUGUAUGAACUGGACUGUGUAGACGGAGUACAAUGGGAAGAUAAACAGGACUCGUGGAAAGCACCGAAGAAGAAAGAGGAUGUUGAACCCAGGUCGAGGAAACAACCGGAUGAACAACCGAACCCCGCUGCCCUGAAAAUUUACACUACGCCGACACCGACUGUCGAGAAGUCUCUCGAUGAGCUGACGAUGGGAAUAGAAGCAAUGCUGCACGUUAUAAGGACGAUACCCGCUAGAUAUGUAAAGUACAACAAGAUUCUCUCUGCGCAACUCGAUAGCGCUCUGUUGGAGGUGGAAGCCCUCCAAGUAGCUCUAAAAAAGAUGCAGUCGGCAAGUGAACCCCAAAAGGCGACGGGAACUUCAGAGAGGCUACCGAUGGAAGAGCCUCCCCUGCCGCUUGCUGGCGCAGAAGAGACUCAGACAGCCGAAGUCUCGAAACCAACGCCAGUGAUCGCGGCGUCCAGGACUGCCAAAAAGUCCCAAAGCAUUCCAGCCGAAACCCUCCGCAUCUUUACCCAGUACCGCAUCUUCACAGUUCUUUACCAAGUCUGGAGCGCCGUCUGGACCCGCUUCGGCCCCCGCAGUCGCUACUACCACAUCUCCGACCUCACCAACCCGGCGGCAUUCGAAGCUGCGGAACACACGCUUAACAGGUUUCAUGUGUGGCGACGGACAUUCGAUGCACAGACGUGGGCCCAGAUGAAGAAAAGUUCCACCAUCGGUCAUUUGGUGGAUAUCGCGAAGUUGGCUAGGAAGCAAGGUCGCUAUGUUCCGCGGAUCAUCGAGAUUGAGCAGCCCAACACAUCUUGGCAGUAUAUGAUCACACCCAACACCCGGCCUCGGAGAAGAGACGUGCACAGAUUGGAUUGGGUUGCCGAUGGAAAAGCCGCGGUCUUGAGCGUGCGAAAGACGUUCCUUGACGCGAUGCUUCGCACCAAGCUGCAUCGUGACGAGGAGUUGGACGUGGUGUUGGAGCAGAUCAUCGACCUUGAUUGCAUCUCCAGGCUCGCGGGACGGUCGAAAUUGCGUGGGGAAGGUGGACAUGGCGGGGAGAGUGAGGUAGAUGCGAUCAAGAUCAAGAAUUAUGUGCGACGGGCAUUGCGGAAAGAGUUUGGGAUUAGAAUCUCGGAUAGCAGUGCAUAG